CGGCUUUGUGCACCCCCUCUCCCUCUCGCAGACCCCACCCCGGGCCCCUUCCUGACCCGACCCUCCUCGGCGGGUGGGAGCAGCCGGCCAGCCCCGGGUCGCUUUUGAAAGGAGCGGGACUGCGAGGGGAGGGGGCGAGGGAGAGAGAAACCCAUAACAACUAGUCAUCUGCGAGUGAUGGGUGUGGAGAAAGAUCCAGAGGGAAGGGGUGCUGGGGAGGCGGGCGGCCGGGGCUCCCAGCCGGGCCAGACAAAAGCUGAGCGCGCGGCGCCGGGCGGGAUGCGGAGGGUCCCCUCGGUCCCCGGGGCCCGCCGAGAGCUUCUUUGCAGAGCUGGGAAAGCGGACCAGUGCUGAGUUAAGCCUUGUUGCAGCCUCCUCAACUUGCCUUUGUUAUUCUUUGGUAUUGGCAGAGGCGCUCUGACGAAGAUGAAAUGGACUGCUGAAUUAUGAAGUAUUUCAGACCCAAUAGUAUAGCAUCACCCUGCCACUCACUCCUUUAUCGCCUACUAGUUAUUUAAAUUGGACUUUUAAUAUCCUGCCAGCUGCUCUUCAGACACACAUGGUGCAUUGUUGCCAUUCCCCGGAUUGCAUCUUUGAAACACAGGCCCUUGGUAACCUUCAGCGAACAAAGAGGCAACCUCCAGGGCACGUCCAGCAGGAGGGAGUCAUCCCGACUGCCCUCUAGCUUUUGCUGGUUCUGGAUUUGAAUUCCACCAUGGAGCCUCGCAUGGAGUCCUGCUUGGCACAGGUGUUGCAGAAGGAUGUAGGGAAGCGACUGCAGGUUGGCCAAGAACUUAUAGAUUAUUUCUCAGACAAACAGAAGUCCGCUGACCUUGAGCAUGACCAGACCAUGUUAGAUAAGCUUGUGGAUGGACUCGCUACCUCUUGGGUGAACUCUAGCAAUUACAAGGUGGUCCUUCUGGGCAUGGACAUCCUGUCCGCGCUGGUCACCCGGCUGCAGGAUCGGUUCAAGGCGCAGAUCGGCACAGUGCUGCCAAGUUUAAUAGACAGACUGGGGGACGCCAAGGACUCCGUGAGGGAGCAGGACCAGACUCUGCUGCUAAGGAUCAUGGAUCAAGCUGCUAACCCCCAGUACGUGUGGGACAGAAUGCUGGGAGGCUUCAAACACAAGAAUUUCCGCACACGAGAAGGCAUCUGUCUCUGCCUUAUUGCAACACUCAACGCCUCUGGCGCCCAUACUCUAACACUAAGCAAGAUUGUGCCACACAUAUGUAACUUACUUGGAGAUCCAAACAGCCAGGUUCGAGAUGCAGCAAUAAACAGCUUAGUGGAAAUUUACAGACAUGUAGGAGAACGUGUGAGGGCAGAUCUCAGUAAAAAAGGAUUGCCACAGUCCCGAUUGAAUGUAAUUUUUACCAAAUUUGAUGAAGUCCAAAAAUCCGGAAACAUGAUACAAUCUGCAAAUGAUAAAAAUUUUGAUGAUGAAGAUUCUGUGGAUGGUAAUAGGCCUUCCUCUGCCAGUUCUACAUCAUCCAAGGCUCCACCAAGCUCUCGGAGAAAUGUUGGAAUGGGGACCACCCGCCGGCUUGGAUCAUCUACUCUUGGAUCCAAGUCUUCAGCUGCAAAAGAAGGAGCUGGUGCUGUUGAUGAAGAGGACUUUAUAAAAGCAUUUGACGACGUACCUGUAGUGCAGAUUUAUUCCAGCCGAGACCUUGAAGAAUCCAUAAACAAAAUUAGGGAAAUACUAUCUGAUGACAAGCAUGAUUGGGAGCAAAGAGUAAAUGCUCUAAAAAAGAUUCGAUCUUUACUUUUGGCUGGUGCUGCUGAGUAUGAUAACUUCUUUCAACAUUUGCGUCUCUUGGAUGGAGCCUUUAAACUAUCUGCUAAGGAUCUGCGGUCUCAGGUAGUGCGGGAAGCUUGUAUCACAUUGGGGCAUCUGUCAUCAGUUCUGGGGAAUAAGUUUGAUCAUGGAGCUGAAGCCAUCAUGCCAACCAUCUUUAAUUUAAUCCCAAACAGUGCCAAAAUUAUGGCCACAUCCGGUGUUGUAGCUGUCAGGUUAAUCAUUCGGCACACACAUAUCCCUAGGUUAAUACCUGUCAUAACAAGCAAUUGUACCUCUAAGUCUGUCGCAGUGAGAAGGCGCUGUUUUGAAUUUUUAGAUUUACUUCUGCAGGAAUGGCAGACACAUUCACUGGAACGACACAUAUCAGUAUUAGCUGAAACAAUAAAGAAGGGAAUACACGAUGCUGAUUCUGAAGCAAGGAUAGAAGCCAGAAAAUGUUAUUGGGGCUUCCACGGUCAUUUCAGCAGAGAGGCUGAGCACUUGUACCACACACUGGAGUCCUCCUACCAGAAGGCCCUGCAGUCCCACCUGAAGAACUCGGACAGCAUCGUGUCCCUGCCCCAGUCCGACCGCUCAUCCUCCAGCUCGCAGGAGAGCCUCAAUCGACCACUCUCUGCCAAAAGAAGUCCUACUGGAAGUACCACAUCCAGAGCGUCCACAGUUAGUACCAAAUCUGUGUCAACAACUGGAUCCCUCCAGCGGUCUCGAAGUGACAUCGACGUGAACGCAGCGGCCAGCGCCAAGUCCAAAGUCUCCUCGUCCUCGGGCGUCACACCUUUCAGCUCCGCGGCAGCUUUGCCUCCAGGGUCAUACGCAUCCUUAGAGUCCAGCGCCGCGCGGGAAGACCUGGAGUACGUAGGCCUGGACUCAGGUCGGAUCCGCACGAGACGGCAGAGCUCCGGGAGCACGUCCAGUGUGGCCGCCACACCUUCCGACAGCCGGGGCCGCAGCCGCGCCAAAGUGGUUUCCCAGUCGCAGCGAUCCAGAUCUGCUAAUCCUGCUGGUGCUGGCAGCCGAUCGAGUUCCCCAGGGAAGUUGCUGGGAAGUGGUUACGGUGGACUCGCUGGGGGUUCCUCAAGAGGCCCACCCGCGACACCCUCUUCAGAGAAACGGAGCAAGAUUCCCAGGAGUCAGGGAUGUAGCCGAGAAACGAGUCCAAACCGAAUAGGAUUAGCACGGAGCAGCCGUAUCCCUCGACCCAGCAUGAGUCAGGGGUGCAGCCGCGAUACGAGCCGUGAGAGCAGCCGAGACACGAGUCCCGCUCGGGGCUUCGCCCCGCUUGACCGGUUUGGGCUUGGCCAGCCAGGAAGAAUACCUGGUUCCGUGAACGCCAUGCGGGUUUUGAGCACAAGCACAGAUCUCGAGGCUGCUGUCGCAGACGCGUUGCUGUUAGGAGACUCCAGGAGCAAGAAGAAGCCCGUGAGGAGGCGAUAUGAGCCCUACGGGAUGUACUCCGACGACGACGCCAACAGCGACGCCUCCAGCGUCUGCUCCGAGCGCUCCUACGGCUCCAGGAACGGCGGCGUCCCCCAUUACCUGCGACAGACAGAGGACGUGGCGGAGGUGCUCAACCACUGUGCCAGCUCCAACUGGUCGGAGAGGAAGGAGGGGCUGCUGGGCCUGCAGAACCUGCUGAAGAGCCAGAGGACACUGAGUCGGGUAGAAUUGAAAAGGUUGUGUGAGAUCUUCACCCGGAUGUUUGCUGACCCUCAUAGCAAGAUUGCUGAUUCAGAACCAGAAUAUGAGGAUAAAGAAGGAAAUUUGUUUCCAUCAGAAGGCUCUUGUACAAGAGUUUUCAGUAUGUUUCUGGAGACUCUUGUGGAUUUUAUAAUAAUUCAUAAAGAUGACUUACAAGACUGGCUUUUUGUUCUUCUCACACAAUUACUUAAGAAAAUGGGAGCAGAUUUACUUGGAUCUGUGCAAGCAAAAGUGCAGAAGGCUCUAGAUGUGACAAGGGACUCCUUUCCAUUUGAUCAACAAUUUAACAUUUUGAUGAGAUUUAUUGUGGAUCAAACUCAAACUCCAAACCUUAAGGUCAAAGUUGCAAUCCUGAAAUACAUUGAGUCUCUGGCCAGGCAGAUGGAUCCAACAGAUUUCAUAAACUCUAGUGAGACAAGGCUUGCAGUUUCUAGAAUUAUAACCUGGACAACAGAACCAAAGAGUUCAGACGUGAGAAAGGCAGCACAAAUCGUGCUGAUCUCUCUGUUUGAAUUGAACACCCCUGAAUUUACCAUGCUACUUGGUGCCUUGCCAAAAACAUUCCAGGAUGGUGCCACCAAACUGCUGCACAGCCACCUCAAGAAUUCCAGUAACACCAGUGUGGGCUCUCCAAGCAAUACAAUCGGCCGGACCCCUGCCCGCCACACCAGCAGCAGGACCAGCCCCCUGACCUCGCCCACCAACUGCUCCCACGGGGGUCUGUCUCCAAGCAUGCUGGACUAUGAUACAGAAAACCUGAACUCUGAAGAAAUCUAUAGUUCUCUGCGUGGAGUUACAGAAGCCAUUGAGAAGUUCAGUUUUCGAAGCCAAGAAGAUCUGAACGAGCCAAUUAAACGAGAUGGCAAAAAGGACUGUGAUAUUGUGUCCCGCGACGGUGGCGUUGCCUCCCCAGCCACUGAGGGCCGUGGGGGCAGCGACGUGGUGGAAGGAGGCCGCACAGCGCUGGAUAACAAGACCUCCCUCCUCAACACGCAGCCUCCGCGGGCUUUCCUGGGGCCCCGGGCACGAGACUACAACCCGUACCCCUACUCUGACACCAUCAACACCUACGACAAGACAGCCCUGAAGGAGGCCGUGUUUGAUGACGACAUGGAGCAGCUUCGAGAUGUCCCCAUCGACCAUUCCGACCUGGUGGCUGACCUCCUGAAAGAGCUCUCCAACCACAACGAGCGGGUGGAGGAGCGGAAGGGGGCCCUGCUGGAGCUGCUCAAGAUCACCCGGGAGGACAACCUGGGCGUGUGGGAGGAGCACUUCAAGACCAUCCUGCUGCUGCUGCUGGAGACGCUCGGGGACAAGGAGCAUUCCAUCCGAGCACUAGCAUUGAGAGUUUUACGGGAAAUCCUGAGAAACCAGCCAGCAAGAUUUAAAAACUACGCCGAGCUGACGAUCAUGAAAACUCUGGAAGCCCACAAAGACUCCCAUAAGGAGGUGGUGCGGGCCGCCGAGGAGGCCGCGUCCACGCUGGCCAGCUCCAUCCACCCCGAGCAGUGCAUCAAGGUCCUCUGCCCCAUCAUCCAGACGGCCGACUACCCCAUCAACCUCGCCGCCAUCAAGAUGCAGACCAAAGUGGUGGAGAGGAUCGCCAGGGAGUCCCUGCUGCAGCUGCUCCCCGACAUCAUCCCGGGCCUGCUGCAGGGUUACGACAACACUGAGAGCAGUGUGCGGAAGGCUAGCGUGUUUUGCUUAGUGGCAAUUUAUUCCGUAAUCGGAGAAGAGCUGAAACCUCACCUCGCACAGCUCACAGGGAGCAAGAUGAAGCUAUUGAACCUAUACAUAAAGAGGGCCCAGACCACAAAUAGCAACAGCAGCUCCUCGUCCGACGUCUCCACACACAGCUAAUGUCAGCACCACAGCGUCCGUCUGUGCAGCCCUAGAAGCAAUUGGCGACGCCUCUCGGAGACCUUCCCCAUCCCCUCCAUCGCUGCCCAGUCAGUACAAGGAGGCCCGCAAAUAUUUAUUACAAUCAGUAUUUUGGUCCCUUCCAGCUUCUGUGUAAUCUUACUGGCAUUGAAUGUAACGGAAGCAAGGCCUGUACUGCAGCCUUCACCCAAAACAAAAGGAAAAAAAGAGCAGAAACGAGCCUUAUUUGCCCACUGUGUCUUGGACAGCCCGCCGAGAUGGAACACAGCGCAUGUGGGAGGCAGCUUUCCCCACUCAGAACUUUUCUUCUCAACCACAGCUUGGGGGUGGGGGCGGAGGGUUCAUUUGCGUUUCUCUCGUCUUUCAUAUCUUGUUUUCUCUGAGUUUGGCCCAUGUGGGGCACAGCGCUGCUGCCCCUCGCGCAGCUGACCCUGUCUAAGGCUGGGUGUCUUUAAGUUGUGUUUUGAGACCUGCUAACGUUGAGCACCAGGUCCUGGUGAGAAAGGAAAACCUGGCGACCAGGUCCCAACAAACCCUUGGGAUUUUAGUUGUAGGCUCCACAUUUGAGGCCGACGGCCCUACUGUUGGCAUAGGAACAGAAGGGCACCCCCCUGCCCCCCUCAAUAUCCCCACUUAAAUGGUCCCUCCCCCAGGCUCAGACUCAAAAGAAUUCUUACAGCUUAAAUCCAAACAGAAUCAAAGCAAAUUAUAGCAUCUUUUAGUGGGUGUCUAAAAUGAUGUUUCAUGAAACAGGAAACAGAAGAGAAGAUGUUGGUUUUACUGCCAAAGAUCUUGAGGAAACGCUGGUUCAGCCCCGAUUCUCCCGGGACCUGUUGGUCCGUGGGGGGCCCCGGGACCACCUCGAUCCCCUCCCCCAGGCUUUGCUUCAGCUUCAGUUGAGAUGUUUUCAGUUAACUGGCGAGUGGCAAAUUUGCCAUCCCAGAUUUUGACUUCUCUGUUUAAUUUGGGAUUAAGAUCAAAGAAAUGUUUAGAGAGACGUGUGUGUCAGUCAUUUUUUAUUUCACAAAUCAGUGUACUUCCUUGGUCAUCUGCCUUGAUCGUUGUUUAAGGAAAAAGUAAUUAUGAUGAGGGGGACAAAUUGCAGACCACCAGAAUUUGAAACUUUUAAGUGCAGAGUCGCUUUUCCAUUUCUUCAAUGAGAAACCACCAUGCCCUUCUUUUUUAACGUCUUGAGGAUUUGAUUGCUCCAAUAAAAGUAAUUACAGAUUUGGAGCCUGGCCAAACGUUUUGAGUAAAAUUCUUUAAAUGAAAUGGAAAUUCUUAAGGCAAUCAUGCUGACUUCUACUGUCUCUUCUGUUCCAAGUUAGAGCCUCUAAAUUGGACUGAAAAUGCUGCUUUUGGUGUUAAUUUGGAAGUAUUUGCUCUGCCAACGCAGUGUCCUGCAGCCACUGGGCCUGGGAAGGAGGGGGCCCCCCAGGGCUGGGGUGGGGUGGGGUGCCCAGUACCUAGCUCACGCCGCUCGUCUCCACACCCUCCUCUGCUCAGACCUUUCGGAUUCCAGUGGGAGGCUGUGAAGACACUGUAGCAACCCAGAACUCUCUGGGAAAAUGAAGUCCUGUAGCGCACUCCAGUCCGGGCUGGGGUGGGCAGGGGUGGGUGUUCUGCACACGUAGGAAAUCCCCACUGCCGCCAAGAGAACACUGCAGUGCGCUUUAAGUGGUUGAAUGCUACUGAGUUAUCUUUGCCUCCAGACAUCGCAGGACCAGGCCUUCCUCUCAUCACUACCAUUUGUCUGUCAGUGUUUCCUUUGUGGAGUUUUUGACACUGUAUGAGUCAAGAGGAGGUCUUUUGGUUACUCCUCUGUUGUAGAAAUACGCAUUCUGGUCCAGUUACUUAGGAGUCCUUCCGUGUCCAGUGCAUUUAGAAACCUUCUCGCCGCCCCAGAAGGUCGCCUCAGUCCCCGCAGCGCAGCUGGAAGAACCGUGAACCUGCCGCACCGCCUCCGUGCUCACAAAGGGCUAGCCUCGGACACAGCCUGCCCGGCCCUCCGUCUCCCGACUCAGACAGACGCAGUCGCUGCACAGGCCUCGGCCUGGAAACCGCUGCCCGCCGUGCCCGCCGAGGGGAGGCUCGCCUGCCGCCGCCACCUCACGGGGAGGGGGCUGUGCCCGCCGCCCCCUCCCCACACCCCUGCAGCUGCCUUGCCUUGCCGCCGCCCCCCGCAGGGCUCCUGUUCACAUGAAAUCACAGAGUCACAGGACUGGGUUUGUCCCCCUCCCAUUUACCUGACUAUCCAGGGUCCCGAAAACACCUACCCUUCCCAGCCACGGGGGGUGGGUCCAUCUGACUUCUUGCUUUCCUUCCGGCUGUGCCCACCCUCUUCAGGCCGAGGGAUGGGUGCUUGCACCCGCAUUCCCACCAGAGACCCCGGCCUCCCGGACUGUGCCGCAGACGGCCCGCGCCAUGGCUCCUCGCCAGCUAAUCAAGGCCCGGCACAGGGAAUGCAGCUGCAUCGUGUCUCGCCCAUCUUUUCCUUUUCCUGCCACCCUUUAUUUAUCAAGCAUACUAGUACUCAUUAAAGGACAACAGAUAAGAACUUCGUAGAAUCCCACCGGGACUUUGCUAACAAUAACAUUUGGAAAUGAAAAAGGAAAUGCUCUGAAAAAUAUCAGCCACCAAAAUAGUUUUGUUGGCCCUGUAUUCACACGCAUGAACCCCACAUCCCCAGGUUGGUUUUUAUUUUUAUUUUUUUUGGCUUUUUCAUGUUACAUCCAUAUCUGUAUUUAUAUCUUAUUUGUUUCACUUUCAAGUGUAUCAUGGCAAAUGUACAGAUUUUUUUUGUUGUUAAUAAUGUGCUAGAAUUUGCUAAAAAGGAAAAACAAUGAAACCCUUUUGAGUUUGCCCUAGAAUAAAUGAAACUUAAUUCAG